AUUUUGUUCCAGUAUUGCAAACAGAUUGCGAAACUACGGCUGAUUUCAGUCUAGUUGUGCAACUGCCCCCCGUGCUAUAUUAGAUGUAGGCCCCAGCUCGGCCUUUUCUAUCAGGCUUCGCUUAGAACAAGAUGCCACUCGCGAAAGACCUACUCCACCCCUCCCUUGAGGAGGAGAAGCAAAAGUGUAAACUGAAGCGUUUGGUGCAGUCACCCAACAGCUAUUUCAUGGAUGUCAAAUGUCCAGGAUGUUACAAGAUCACAACUGUAUUCAGCCAUGCACAGACUGUGGUUCUGUGUGUGGGCUGCUCCACUGUGCUGUGCCAGCCCACAGGGGGCAAGGCUAGGCUAACUGAAGGUUGCUCUUUCCGCAGGAAGCAGCAUUAAGAUGGAGAAAGAAGAAAAAAAAUGAAAAAACCCAGGGGUUCUGUUUAUCAGCUUGUAAUUAACAUAUAAAUAAACAUUACUUCGUCCUCUGGGAUACGCUUGUGUGUGCGUUGUUUUGUGCAUGUGUAUCCUAUUUGAUGCGCCGAAGACCUGGGUUCGAUUCCUCACAUGAAUACAAUGUGGGACCGUUUCUGGUGUCCCUGGCCAUGACAUUGCUGGAAUAUUGUUAAAAGUGGAGAAAAACUUCACUCACUGUCAUUGUCCUAUUUGAUGAUGCAUUGAGCGUAACAUAACAUUCCAUAAUGGGAUUUGAACUGUUGAGCUGAUAAAAGGGCAAACACCCUGUCCCCAUGGCUAGAGAUGUUGACCAAGUUUGUCAUCUGCACAAAUUGUAUUAUA